AUGGAAGAGCUUCCAGAGAGAUGGGCUCGAUCGUGGUUCCCACGGCGACGUUAUGAUAUGCUAACAACAAACAUGGUAGAAUCAAUGAAUUCCGUUUUACUAAAAGGGAGAGAAAUGCCUAUUUUAAGAAUGUUAGAUUUCAUCCAAGAAAAGUUAGGAGAGUGGUUUUACGAACGGAGAAAAAAGGCAAAUGAAACUUUUCACAGAGUAUCAAUAUGGGCAGAAGAAGAGAUGACUAAGAAGAUGGACUUGGCUUGUAAAAUAAUAAAAAGUGAAGGAAUCGAGUUCAUUGUGGACUUAAAGAAGAGAACUUGUAACUGCCUGGAAUUCCAACUUGAUGAAUUGCCCUGUCCACAUGCAAUUGCUGCUAUUAAUAAGAGAUAUCUGCAGAAAUCUGAUUACUGCUCAAAUUGGUAUUCAAAGGAAACAUGGUUGAAAACAUAUGAAGGACAUGUGAAUACCGUGGGAGAUCAAAAAUCAUGGGAUAUACCACAAAAUGUAUAA